AUGGCUCGUACCAAGCAGACCGCCCGCAAGUCCACCGGAGGCAAGGCCCCCCGUAAGCAGCUGGCCACCAAGGCCGCGCGCAAGUCGGCGCCCUCUGCCGGUGUCACCGGCGGCGUCAAGAAGCCCCACCGUUACCGCCCCGGCACCGUUGCUCUGCGUGAGAUCCGUCGCUACCAGAAGUCCACUGAGCUGCUUAUCCGCAAGCUCCCCUUCCAGCGCCUCGUCCGCGAGAUUGCCCAGGAUUUCAAGACCGACCUCCGUUUCCAGUCCUCGGCUAUCGCUGCCCUGCAGGAGGCCGCUGAGGCUUACCUCGUUGGUCUGUUCGAGGACACCAACCUCGCUGCCAUCCACGGCCGCCGUGUCACCAUCCAGCCCAAGGAUCUGCAGCUGGCCCGUCGUCUCCGCGGCGAGCGCUCUUAA